AUUCUUGCCUCCGUCCACCACCAUGAGCGCCUGGGGUCGCUCCUCGUCGCUCCUCCCCGACGCCGUCGACUCGGCAGGCCCGCCCACACGGCGGCCCAUCCGCUACCUUAGCCCCAUGUCGGACCUCUCCGACGACGACUGCGAGGACGAUGCCAUGUCCGUCACCUCCUUCCCCCCCUUCUCUGCGGGACCCAGCUCCGUUUCCUCCCACACCACGCACCCCCAGGAUGACGCUUCAAUGCGCUCAGCCUCUCCCGCACCCUCCGUCUGGUCCAUGACCAGCUCACUCCGACGGCAAGCUUAUCGCCACGAAUACGGGCGCGGGCUGAACAACUACUCGGACAUCUACUCUCUCCCUGCUGACGACGAGGAGUACGAGCGGCUAGAUAAACAGCACGAGAUGUUCAAGGUCAUCAUGGGCAAGUAUCCACCCCCCUUCGACGAUGUGAUGCGGGACAACACGCCUGGCGAGCCUAAGGCCUGCCUCGAUCUUGGAUGCGGAAGUGGUAGCUGGAUAAUGGAGGUCGCCCGCGAGUACCCGAAUAGCAGCUGUGUUGCCGUCGAUCUCGUUCCCAUGCAAUCGACUACAAUGCCACCAAAUUGCAGAAGCGAAGUCGACGAUGUCAACCUCGGCCUCGAGCACUUUUACGGCGACUUCAACGUCGUACACGCCCGACUCAUCUCAUCUGGGAUUAAAGACUAUCACGGCCUAAUCGAACACAUCAGCCGCGUCCUGCGGCCAGGGGGGCUGCUGGAUAUCAUGGAGUUCGACUUCUGUGGUUACGACGAGCAUCAUAAACGUAUAGAACCGUCCGUCGACGGAAAUAUCCGGGCUCCCUGGUGGCCACAGUGGUUGGCCUUCCUUCGCGACGCGGCGAAGAACCGAGGAGGUGCCGUCGACGCUGCGACCCACCUACAUGACUGGGUACGCGAACACCGGCGCUUCGAGAACGUCGUCUACCGCGAGUUCUGGGUACCGUCGUCCCCCUUCUUGAGCGAUCCCUUCUGGCGGCAGAUGGGACUUUGCAUGCGGGAGGAUAUCCUGGAGUUCAUGCGCUCUGGGCGGCCGCUGCUCCUCGGAAGUGGCAUGCCGGAGGCGUUGCUCAAUCAAAUUGAGCAGAACGCCAUUCGGGAGCUCAUGGAGGCGCGGACACCCAUCUACAUCCGGUGUCAGUACGUGUACGCGACGAGGAAACACCCUCAGCCGCGCGCGUAGUUGCGGCCGCCUUUCUCCCUCCCGAUGCUUCUUGCUAUGCCCAUAAUGGGUCGCCCAUCCCUGCUGUUGUACACCUAUCUUGUCGCUCGACCUCCAUUAUGGUCAGUGGCUCUUGCUUUCGAAUUGCUGUCGCUUGUCCCAUCAUCUUGUCCAUCACCAAUUUGCAUACAUACAUACAUCAUCUUGCACCUGCAUACAAGUACCGUACAGGACGUUUUUCCUCUAAUUCCCAGCUGUUUGUACGAUACUCACUGGCGUGUCCGACCGAGAUACUGACUACUAUCUACCUCGGCUGGCCAACAAAGAAUAUAAUAUGCGGCUCGUCGAGCUCGCAGCUGUGCUUGCGCCUCUAUACCAACUGACUGAACCCUCUUGAAGUCGGACUCUUGUGCCACUCGUCGACUGGUCCUGCCG